AUGGACCUGCAUGACUUGGAUCUUGAGGACUUUACUGGCUUUGAGGGCGGCGCCUCUACUACCUACUCGUCGCCCGCCAUGCCUUCCGUCUUUGACCUCGGCGGAAGCGCGGCGGGUGCCAGUAACUUGGGAACUGUGUCUCCCCAGGACUUGUUUAUCCAGGAGCCUUUCAUGUCUGCUCCAAAUUCAACGGCUUUGACGGCCUUGACCUCGCCCUCUGUCUACAACGAAUCUCCUGAGUUUAACGAUAGCUAUAAUGUCUCUCCCAACUUCGGGACUGGCGACUUCGGCACUGGUGAUUUCGACUCUGGCUCGGGUGAUUCAUGGUUUCCAUUGUUCCCCCAAGAACCAGCACCAGCUAGUAAGGAUACUGUUGCCGACAAACAACAACUGGUCGAGCAGUCGCCCGCCACCAACGCUGAUGAUCUUGAGGUUGUUGAAUCUUCGUCUUCCUCUGGGCAUCGAAAGUCUGCCAACUCAUCUCCGUCUGGCUCCGCACGUCAUUCCUCCGUUGCGGGUGUCAACUCUCGUCGACGAGACAAGCCGUUGCCUCCCAUCAUUGUUGAGGACCCCAAUGACACUAUCGCCAUGAAGCGGGCCAGGAAUACCCUUGCUGCUCGCAAGUCUCGCGAGCGCAAGGCACAACGUUUCGAAGAUCUUGAGGAGAAAAUCCGCAAAUUGGAAGCAGAGCGAGAUCACUGGAAGAGUAUUGCUUUGGGUCGGUCUUGA